GCGACCAACAACAAUAUCGUCUCGACUUCCGGCGGCAGUUAUGACGAUUAAACUGCUGGUUUAUGAAUGAGUCCGUUCCCGAUGAGCACACGUCUGUGGAAAGUUUACAGGAAGUGGGGCAGAGCUACCAAAAUCAGGAAACUAAGUGUUGCUAUUUAUACAACCGAGCAAAGGGCUUCGGCUGAUCAUUGCUGAUCUGGUGACACGAAAAAGGGAGCUGCAAAAAACCCAAAAAGGACCAUUUGGGAGGGAAAAAUCAGCUGCUUCUGGGAUGAUUGUGAGGACGGGUCAUGGAGGAAAUCAUCUCGAGUCCGGAGUCUUCAGAGACCUCUGAGUCCGUCUCAGCCUACGAUCUGCUGAUUCUGCACACCGAGGAAGCUCAGGAAUGGGCCGCGUACCUGCAGCAGAUCCUGAACUCCUCUCAGAUGUUCCGCAGAGGUUCCGUCCUGCUGUACGCCGUGAGCGCCGCCGACCGGCUCCACGGCUACAACUUCGAGGACUUCUGGAGCUGUCGGUGCGUGGUGCCCAUCCUCACGUCGGUCUUCAUGGACGUCCUGCGGGACGAGGAGCUGCACGGGGCGCUCCGGAGACUCCUUCAUCCUCCACACAAGGUGGUGGCGCUGAUGUGCGGCGUGACCGAGGAGGACGUGUCCACAGAGACGUUCGAGGACUGGACGAACUGGAGAAAACUCCACGCCGAAGACGAGCCGGCUGUUUACCUUUCAACCAUUCUGGAAUCCAUCACUGACAGUGUACAAGCGGAGGCGCAGGUGGAGGUGGAGGUGGAAUGUGAAGCUGAGGCCGUCGAGGUGGAGCUGCACACGGCGGCAGCCCUCAGGACUCACAGUCUGACCUCAGAUCAGGAGGAAGACAAGCCUGAAGAACAAAAACAAGCAGAACCGAAAGAUGAAGAGUCUCUGAGUUCACCUGCAGACCUCACCUGUCUCACCGUCCAACCAACCAGAGUCCUCUGCGGGGAACACGAGACACUUUAUAUCAUUUUAUCCUCCAAAGUGGACUUUGGGUCAGAACCAGAAGUGGAGUUUUCUUCUGAAAACGGAUGUUUGAGACGAGUCCCAGCCGUGGUGGAGAACGAGUACACGCUACGAGUUUCUGCACCUGACAUGCCUGCCGGAGAGGCGUCGCUCACGUUGUGCGUUGACCAAUCACGUGUCAGCCUGAAGGCGGUCACGUUUUGUACCAGGAUGGGAGAAGUCAGCCGACACCUGGAAAAGGCUGCCGAUCCUCUGAAAUUCAUCUGCCAGGCCUUUGACUUCACCUCCGACUCGACCCACUCGCUGGACGUGAUGCUAACGGACUCGUUAAAGUCCAGGAUGCCCGCAGGCGGCCUCCAGCUCUUCGGAGUCAUGCAGAUCGAAGAACACAACAUGUCUGCCUAUCAGCGUAACGAGGAGUUUCCCACUUUGCUCCACUUUGCUGCUAAAUUCGGGCUGAAGAAGCUCACCACCACCCUCCUCCAGUGCCCCGGUGCUCUGCAGGCCUACAGCGUGAUGAACAAGAACGGAGACUAUCCCAACACGCUGGCCGAGAAGAGCGGCUUCAGAGACCUCAGACGUUUUAUGGAUCAGAUUGUUGAGACAGAAGAYACACUGAAGUCUCAGUCUGAGGACAGCAUGAACCUGCAGAACGAGGCGGAGAUCUACGAGGAGAUGGUGUCCAACGACAUCCCGGAGACAGAAAAGACGCUGAAGUCUCAGUUUGAGGACAACAUGAACCUACAGAACGACGCCGAGGUCUACGAGCCGAUGUCCACGUUUGCAGACAUCAUAGAGUACACGGGCUGCUCCGAGGACAUUUACGAAUCGAUGGUUGGGAUUGACCCGGAGUGUGCAGAGGACCUCUAUGAAGUGAUGACAGCCGUAGACGAGAAUCCCGAGGAAGCCUUGCUCAGAAAGUUUUUCCAAGCAAAGCCACACCAUGCCGAAAUCAACUCGGUCCAACCUAAAAGAGAGGAAAAUGAAAAAUCUGACGGCAUAAACUUUGAUGAAAUUGAAGAAGAGGAGGAUCCGUACAACCUGUGCCCGGAGGACAUCUACGAUACCGUGGACACAAACACAACGUAUAAUCCGGCCGUCCUGAACCGUCCACCGGCACCAAUCCCCAGACCCGAGUCCGAGUCCGAAAAGCCCUCGGCCUACAUUUCUAGAGUUUUUUCAGAUAAAAGUUCGUCGCAGAGUAAAAACACAGAAUCCGGAUAUUUUGCAGCGCAACCUGUGGGUGAACCCUUAACUUCGACUCACGACCCAUACGCUGGGAUGAAAACCCCGGGCCAGAGGCAGCUCAUCUCCCUGCAGGAGAGGGUCAAAGUGGGGGACAUCUCUGUGGACGAAGCCGUCCACGAGUUUAAAGCCUGGCAGGUGGACCACGAACGGAGAGCCAGCUCCAUCCGGUUCCAGCAGGAUAAUCUGGAUAAAUUACGGAAAAGCAUCACCAGGCGUCACAAAGAGCGGGAAAAAACUGGCAAAGAAACAGAGUAUGAAAUCACCGCCCCGCUCCAGAGGAACCUGUUCUGGGGCUCCGGCGUGACGGUGGAAUGCGACGUGUACGAGUCGACGCCCAGGAUGGUCAGCCAACCGCUGCCGCCGCCGCCGCCGCCGCCAGCAGCUCCGCCCAUCCUGAGAGGGAGCUGGAAGACCAGCAGCACCUCCAGCACAUCCAGCACUGAGAGCAACAGACUGAGCACUCACAGCACCUACAGCUACAGCAGCGGGACCGAACCCGAGUUCGAGGACGCAGUGGAGAGUCUCCCUCCUCCGCCUCGGCCUCCUCCUCGGCCGUCAGACACCGCUCCUCUCGUUCCUCCUCCCAGGAUUCCUCCUCGGAUCCCUGAAAGGGUGCCGGAAUCGUUGCAUGAGCGCUACAUUUCUUGCCCGACGCGAGCACUUCCUCAAAGACCCUCCCAGAGAUAUACAGACCCCGCCCCUCCUGUACCUCGCCGCCUGCGGUGAUGACCACACAGCUCUGCUCCGGGACACGCCCACAGACUCUUUGCCCUUCAAACUUGUAGUUUGAGGGAAAUUUUAGUGUUUGAGUGUUUUGAGUUGAGUUUCUCAUCAAACGUUUCCUUCUGCUGUUUCGUUGUAAAUGUUAAUAAUUUGUAUCUUCUGUUUGUGUUAAUAUCUGUGCUAAUUAUAAGUAACAAUUUUGAAAAAGUCAUAAAUCCUAAUUAAAAUGUUUUGCUGAAA